CUAUUAUUUACAGAACUUUGCACAGAGAAAGUAGCUUCUUGCUCUCUUGUUUUGUUCCUGUUCAGAGAAUUCCCUGUUUCCCCUUGUUUGAAAAUCUCCUUAUUUCAUUGUAUUUUCUAAUUAUUUCUUUUCAGCAAGAUCUGAUGGAGAAAUGGAAUUCCCCCGAAGAGAGUGAAACUAAGUUGGGCUUAGUCAUGUGAUCAGAGAUUGCGAAAAAUGGGAGAGAGGAACUUGCCGACAGCCAGAGAAGAACAACAAGGAGUUAUUUGAAACAGAGAGGAAGCAACUGGCUGUUCUUCAGAAUUCCUCAAGCAAGAAACUGUUUUAAUAUUUUUCAGGGAAGAAGGUCAGAGAGGUAGGACAAGGGCAUCCAUCUUUGGUUGGGAUUAAAAACUAGAGUCGUUUCUUUGGUAGGCUCUCUGCCAUCAUGAAGACCUGGCUGAUCCUCCUGUAUUUGGCCAUUACGAUCAUAUCGAGUUUUCCACAGGCUGAAUCCAGUACAGAAGCAUUUGCUGAGUGGACUGAAGAACCUGAACUAGUCAUAAGCACCAGCAGCGAGCAUACUGAGAGCCUGUGGCAGUUGUUCUCGUCAUGGGUUUGGAAAAAGGUUGGGAGAACUGAAGAAACUCAGCAAUCCCUGGAUCCAGAUGCCAACACUAAGGAUGAUCGUCAAUCAUGGAGGCCUCUCAAGAACAACAUGAAGUUUCAAGCUCAGGACAUUUCAGAUCAGGAUACACAAGGACAUUACAAUGAAGAGGAAACUACUAACCAGAAAAUUACAUCUACAAAUGUGCCAGUGGAGAAUGGAGAAGAUAGUGCUAUUACUAUGGCAACCAAACAGACCAUCUUUGAACCUUUAAAUGGCAAAGAACAACCUGCUGAAGUCCCAACAGAAGGAUCAACCACAGCAAACACUGCCCCCAUUUCCACAGUGUCUGACACCAGUUGUCCACUCGAAUCAUGCUCACCGCGCUGGAAACCAUGGCCUGCCUGUGCUCAGUCCACUCCAGAAGAUGAACAGAAGCUGGCUGAGGCUCUAUCCAAAUUUUCACUUGAGUUCUAUAGAAUAGCAACCCAGAAAAAGGAUGGUAACAUGGUUUUCUCACCCCUCAGCAUCACAACAACCCUGUCCAAUCUCCUAUUAGGAGCCUGCGAUGAAACCAAAGAUCGUCUUGAGAAGUUGCUGUUCUAUCCUAAAGAAUUUGCAUGUGUACAUAGAGCCUUGAAAAUCCUUGGCAAAUCCAAAGCCCUGACUUCAGCCAAUGCGAUUUUUUACCAACCGGCACUUAAGAUGGGCAGUGAAUUUCAUAAUCUAACAAGUACAUUCUAUCAAACCAAGCUGAAGCCCCUUACUAACAACACCCACCAAUCAGUAACUGAUAUCAACUCAUGGGUGAGUGAACAUACUGGUAACAAGAUCAAGCAGCUCUUGGAUGACCUAGAUCCUGAGGCCCAAAUGGUGCUACUCAACGCUGUCUACUUCCAGUCCAAAUGGAAAACUACAUUUCAAGUAAAACAUACAAGGCUUGAAGAUUUCUACCUUCCUGGUCUCCCUCCCAUCAAGGUGCCCACGAUGACCAGUAAGAAAUAUCCAGUGGCCGCCUACUUUGACAACAAUUUGCGGGCUAAGGUUGGCCGGUUUCAGCUAUUCCACAAUUUGAGUUUGGUGAUCUUCGUCCCUCGCACCCAGUUGACAAACCUCUCUGAGAUAGAGGAACGUCUCGAUCCAACAGCCUUCAUGACAGCCCUGGCCAAGCUGGGGGCCAUGCCUUUGAAGCCAACAAUGGUAACCCUACCAAAAUUUAAGCUGGAAUCAUCCCAGGACCUUAUGACAAUAAUUGGAGAAAUGGAUUUUGGCUUAUUCUUUGAUCCUGAUUUGUGUGGGAUCACUCAGAGUACAGAAGUAGCUGUGUCCAGUGCCAAGCACAAGGCUGUGCUGCAAAUCUCAGAGGAGGGAGUAGAGGGAGCCGCUGCAACAGCAGUCACCCUGGCACGUACGGCCACUUUCUUUGAAGUGCAACAGCCUUUCAUAUUUAUGUUUUUGAGGGAUAACAGAGUCCCCCUCUUCCUGGGACGUGUCACCAAUCCACUGUCAUCAUAACUUUUCCAUGUCCUCUCAGCUUCCAUCAGUAGGAUGAAGCCAGCUUGCAGGUUGCUCUAGCUCAAUCUGUACAAUAUAGGCAUGAGGUUUGGGGAGCUGUGGUUCCAUGCAACACAUUUAUUUAGCCUCUUCUUUUUGUUCCCAUUAAAAGGUUCUUUUAUCUUUUCAUUUCAUCUUUUUAAAAAAGAUCUAUUCCCUGCUUCUUUGUAUGAUUUGUAUAGCCUUUUGCAUCUAUGAGCCUAGGAGAAAUCCACAUCUCCUCAUUUAUGCCGUGUAUGAAGUAAGUUGAAAAAGAGGGACUUUUUCCACCAUGUCCAUAUGUUUGACCUCUCCUGCCCUCUUUGGCCUUCCUAAAAAAUGAAGUCUAAUUGUACUGA